AUGACGGUCAAAAUAUCCAAAGAUAAGCGCCAGGAUGCGCCCACGGGGGUUUCACGGCCAACUUUCAACUCCUCAAUUGCGUCCCGCACGACCAGUGCUGAAAUGAUGAGAGGUUCAAUAGUGAAUAGAACCCAGGCUCCCAGCUUUGAUUCGAUUCCAAUAUCCCAUUCGCUUCUCCUGCUUUCAGACUCCGCGCUCCCCUUGGGUUCGUUCGCCUACUCAAGCGGGUUGGAGUCUUACAUCGCUCAUAACAAGCCUCUACCUUCACAUGUAACCCCAAUUACGUCUUUCAACUGGUUUCUCUCGCUUUCGCUUGCAUCCAUCGCAAGUACUACCAUACCAUACCUCCGCCGGGCGCACAGAUACCCCGAGGAGCUGGAAAGGUUAGAUAAUGACCUCGAUGCAUCUACACCAUGUACGGUUGCUAGGAGAGCAAGUGUUGCACAAGGACUUGCCCUGUUGCAGGUGUGGGAGCGUGCACUAAAGCCGUCAGCUAUGCAGCGAAGUCGUGAUGACCAGAGAGAUAGCCAACAUCACACCAUUCGUGCCAUGGCGGCGUUGGACCGGUUCUCAGAAUCAUUAAAAUGUGCUGGCCUUGAUGAAGAGCACGACGAGGUUAAUGGCAUCGUGAACGGGCAUUUUGCUCCAGUAUGGGGGGUGGUGUGUUUAGCACUGGAUGUCGACCUCGAACAAGCGGCGUAUGUGUUUAUGUUGAACCACGCCAAGGCAGUUCUCAGCGCUGCUGUGAGAGCGUCGGUUAUGGGACCCUAUCAAUCGCAGGGAAUGCUUGCUGGCAACGCACUCCAAAAGACCAUUGCUCAACUUUUGCAGAAAGAGUGGUUAACUGAGCCUGAGGAUGCAGGGCAGGUUGUCCCGAUUCUCGAUUUAUGGAUGGGAAGGCAUGAGCUGUUAUAUAGUAGAAUAUUCAACUCGUGA